GCUUGGCUGAGUGGUACAGAUGACGGUUUGGUGAUCACUCCUUCUCUGGUAGACUGGUUCUGGAUCCAAAGUCCAAUUAAAUUGAGUAAGACUGGAAUCUACUUACUAACAAGUACUAACUACUAAGAUGCUAGUUGCAGUAAAAUUUUUCAUGACAGGACUAGGAUGCUUUCAAGGCUUUCAAAUGCACCUUUAAAUCUACAGAAAUUAUUUCCUAGGAAUGUAGUGAAGUUGAAGAAUUAUUGUAAGAUAACCAAGAAUACAGGCCAUCUAGACAGCACAGCUGAAAUACAAAUUUUAAGCCAGUUAAACAAGCCUUUCGUUGAUAACAAUUGUACUCACCUUGCUGGAGGAUAUGGAUUCUCUGUGUUCUGUAGUGGGAAAACCUUGAAUGUGAUUGGAUUAAACACUAAAUCACAACUUGGGAUUCCAUCCAAUCAUAGUUCGGUAGUUGACCAUAUCACAAGAGUUGAUUUAUCAUUGAAAAAAGAUUCUAAAAUCCUUGGCAUUUCUUCGGGACGUUUACAUACAAUUAUAUCAACAACUGAAGGAUUAUUUGCUGCAGGAUGCAACACAUUAGGCCAAUGCGGUUUGAACCUUGAGAAAGAGAUUGAACACUUUACGAAAAUUGAGUGUCCAAUCAUAAAUUCAGUAAAGCAGGUAUCUUGUGGCUUAGAUCACACUUUAGUUUUAACUGAAGAUAACCAAAUAUUGUCUACAGGAUGGGGAGCUGAUGGUCAAACUGGUUUAGGACAAACGAUGGAACAGCAUUCUCUAGCGCAAGUUCAAUUUCCCAGUAACGUGCGAAUCAAUAAAAUAGCUACGAAAAUAGAUUCCUGUCUUGCUUUAUCGGACGAAGGACUCGUUUAUUCAUGGGGAAACUCCGAAUACAAUCAAGUUGGGUUUGCAACUAAUGACAGAAAAAUCAACAUACCGACCUUGAUUCCAACGUUGAAGGACGUCGUUGAUAUUGCGAUUGGUAAUACCAUUGGCGUUGCUUUAACAGCUGAAGGCGAUGUGUUAAUCUGGGGCUACGGUUUGCUCGGCCGAAAUGACCAACCUCUUCUAUCAAAGAAACCAAAGAAAUUGACUUUCUUACCCGAGAAACGAUUUGUGGCAGUGGAUUGUGGUUUGAAUUAUAAUGUCUUGUUCACAGAAGAAAGAGAACUUUAUUUCUGGGGGAAAUGUGGUACAAUGCUUUCUCGAUUUCCUCAAAAGAUCGCCUCAAACAUAUUAAAGUUUUGUUGUGGAGUUAAUCACUUAACAAUAAUAAUUGAUGAAGAUUAUUGAACAUGGUUGUCGUGUAACGUUACUCUGUUCAAGUUUUGUACUACAGAUUUUAUUCAAUACUAAUUCAUGAUUACAUAGUAUUCAUGGAAUUCUUAUAAGCUGAAUAAAAAAAAUGGCCUGUA